AUGAAAAUGGCAAGCGUAAGAAAUAAUGUAGCGUUGAGCUUCGUCUUCGUCUUCCUUUCCUUCUUCGUGUUGCUGCUGAGAGGCACAGAGAGUGCUAAGCCAAGUCAUUAUUCUGUGCCUUUCAAUAGAACCCUUUUCCCUCCUUCCUUCAUCUUCGGUGCUGGUUCUGCUGCGUACCAGUCAGAAGGAGCAGUAAAUAUCGAUGGACGAGGACUAAGCAUAUGGGACACUUUCACUAAGCAACACCCAGAAAAGAUUACGGAUCGGAGUAAUGGUGAUGUUGCAGAGGACUUUUAUCAUCGAUACAGGAGUGACAUCAAAUUAAUGAAGAAGAUCGGGUUGGACUCCUUCAGGUUUUCGAUCUCAUGGUCUAGAAUAUUCCCAAAGGGGAAAGGAACAGUCAAUUAUUUGGGGGUUAAGUUCUACAAUAACCUCAUCAAUGAGCUUCUUUCUAAUGGAUUAAAACCUUUUGUGACUCUCUUUCACUUUGAUCUUCCUCAAGCCUUAGAAGAUGAAUACGGUGGAUUUCUUAGUCCUAAAAUAGUGGGGGACUUUCGUGAUUAUGCUGACUUUUGUUUCAAAACUUUUGGUGAUCGAGUUAAGCACUGGGUUACUUUGAACGAACCCUUUGGGUAUAGCAACAAUGGCUACAACACAGGCAGUUUCGCGCCGGGAAGAUGUUCUAACUAUGUCGGAAACUGCACCUCCGGCAACUCUGCCACCGAGCCCUAUCUCGUCGGCCACCACUUGCUUCUGGCCCACGGUGCUGCCGUCAGUUUAUACAAGGCCAAAUAUCAGAAGUACCAGAAAGGAGAAAUUGGAAUCACAUUAGUGACUCACUGGAUGGAGCCAAAAACAAACUCUCCAGCCAAUCGUCAAGCUGCAAGUCGAGCUCUCGACUUUUGGUUCGGAUGGUAUGCUGAUCCAAUUACAUUUGGAGAUUAUCCAAAGAGCAUGAGAUAUAUAGUUGGAGAUAGACUUCCAAAAUUCACAAAAGCAGAAUCAGAAAUGCUGAAAGGAUCAUAUGAUUUUCUUGGGGUGAACUAUUACACCACCAAUUAUGCAGAAAAUGCUCCCUUAACCAGUACUGUUAAUCGCAGUUUCUCUUCUGAUAUGCAAGCCACUCUCUCUGCCGUGAGAAAUGGCGUCCCAGUUGGUACCCCGACAGCAUUGAGUUGGCUUUUUAUAUAUCCCAAGGGACUCCAUCAACUUUUGUUAUAUGUAAAGCAUAAAUACAAUAACCCACUCAUUUACAUCACUGAAAAUGGAGUUGCUCAAGCAAACAAUGCAUCUAUACCAGUGAAAGAAGCCAUCAAGGAUGGAAUCAGAAUUAGAUAUUAUGAUGCUCAUCUCAGAUAUCUUCUCCGGGCUAUCAAGGAUGGAGUGAAGGUGAAGGGAUAUUAUGCAUGGUCAUUUUUUGAUGACUUCGAGUGGGAUGCUGGCUACACCGUUCGAUUUGGAAUCACUUACGUGGAUUUCAAGAACAAUCUCAAGAGAUAUCUCAAAUAUUCUGCUUAUUGGCUCAAGAUGUUCCUCCUCCGUUAAUUUUCCUCUAUCAUCAUCUACUUCUAAUAAAUUUCAAAUAAAACAAAUUAGAAAUGGUUGGAGAUAUAAUAUGUGAUAUCUCAGUUGAUUAAGAUGGCGGGGAAUUGAUUAGUUGGUUAGACUCUAUACAUAAGGGUCUGAUGGUGUCAUAUUUAAUAAAAAUCAUCAUCU